AUGGGGCCAGGUAAGUGUCCAGACAGGGAGGCAGCUGGUGGCCAACUUGGUCCAUGUGGCAGUGAUGAAAGGCAAAUGGGAAGAAGCAUGAGAGGUGAGGGAGCUGGAGAGUCUGUGGGAAGCUCCCUCUCUGGUGAAAUCAACCACCCCCAGACGGUGCGGGUCCCUCGCAGGCCUGGGGGUGCUGAUCUGGGCUUUGCGCGCUAUCCGAUGCUCUGAUCCUGGCUCAUUCCCAGGCAGCUGCGAGCGUGAGUGGUGGAGCUGCCGGCUCUGGGCAUCUCCCUUCCAAGCACGAGAUUGUCUCUGAGGGAAGCCCACCCCACGAUCUGGUGUUUGUUGGUCUCUUCCACAGAGCGCUGGAGUCUCAGCCGCUCCGGAUCGGGGGGAGGGGCCAGCUGUGAAUUUGGAGCCUGAUCUAGGUUUGGAUCUGAAUCCGCCAGUGUUGCGGAGCAUUCAGCUGUGGGGAGCUAGUUCCCGCCCGCGCCACAUCACAAUGUCCCACUCCUGCCUCCCCAAUCUCCUCCCUGGCUCUGCACCUCGCCCCCUGCACCUGGAAUGUCAUUAGCGAGCUAGGCCUGACCACCUCCAUCACCUUUGCUGACCCCAUCACUUCCAUAGGGAAUGGCACUGAGGAUGCCAGGGGAACAGGCAUUCUCAGGUUGCCAGGAGCCAUUGUUCUAUUUACCAAGACAGUCCGAUGCCAGGACAGUGCCCCUGAGCUCUGGACAGGGCUAGGGCUGCAUUAGGACACCUGCCGUGCAGCUGCUGGAGAGUCAGCAGGAGACAUUGAGAUGGCUGAGGAAGUCCCCAAGGCCCCCUCAAAGCCCAUCCGUGCCUGGGAGGAGACGGAACCUCCCCAACGGAAGAGUUGGCGAAAGAGCCCACAGCGGAAGCAGGAGCUGUGUGUGCCUCAGCCCUUCCGUGCCGAUUCACCAGCCUACUGUAACGCCUGCUUGAGGAGGCUAGACUGGGAGCACAAAGAGGCCCUGGACUACAUCAACGCCUUUCUAACGAGCAAUGAACAGGACGAGGCCAAGAACCUCAAGUUCUUGGAUUCCAUCAGCAGCCUCAGAAGCCUGCCUGCUUUUAUGGACCAAGUCCUGCUAGUAGAGAAGAUAACGGAGCUGAUUGAUCACGAGUCCGUCGACUCCCUGACCGGCGUGAUGCGUCAGCAAGCAAUGCUCGCCAUCAUGAAGCUGAGCAAAGUGAAGCUAUCGGUGUGGCUCCUGACACGACCCAGGCUGCUCACCACCUGCUUCUCCAGCAUCUUCUCCCUGCCUCCAGCACACACCAUGGAGGAGGUGGAGGCUGCUCUCUACACCAAAACGCUGAAAACCAUGGAUGAGAUGCUGAAGGCCUUGGUGUGUGAGGAUAAGGAGCCCAACCUUGUGGUGCUGCAAAACAUCGUGAAGGUCCUGCUCCCCUGGACCACAUCCAAGGAGGUACAUGAGCGGCUGAGGGCAGUGGGAAGGAUCAGGUGGCUGAUGGAAUUCAUGGGGUCUCAGUGCAAAUUCCAGGAAGUGGAGGAGUUCAGCGUCCUGGGCCAGCUGGUGGGGUGUCUCACUCUGUGCCGUGCGGAGCAGGAGCAGGAGAUCUGCCAAUCGGCUGUGGAGGGACUUCGCCACCUCUACUCCUUCAUGCUGCACCUAAAAUCUGAAAGUCUGAGGAAGCUCGGUGCAGAGUAUCGGCAGAUCCUCAAGAACAGUCAAGUUGAGACAGCCUUCUGGGUCACCAACACCAGAAAUAUCACAUUGAUUUUUGGGAAGUACUUGGAGCCGUCUGAAGGCAUGGACUUUCUCCUCACUGCUAUCGACGGCAUGAGAGACUCCAGCGUCCAUGACGCAGUGACGGCCAGGAACAUGCUGCGUACGAUCCUGGAGGUUCCCGGCCUCCGCUGGUGGAGGAUGUCAGAGGCUGUGAGGAGCAUUCAUAAGCACCUGGACUCCAUCAGCGAGCCACUUGCCCGGCAGGAGCUGCGCAGGGCCCUUCUCCUGCUGGGCUACCGGUUCAGCGAGGAGGUGGUCGGAACCCUGCUGGGCUGCUCACGGUCAUGUGACAGUGUUGCUGCGGAGAUGUGGAAGAUGCUGACAUCCCAGCCCAACACCACAAGAAAGAUCCUUGGGGAGCUGGUCAGCAGGCUGCAGGAGCCGGCUCGGCGACGGUAUCAGCUCUCUGAGAGACCGGCUGGCUUCCCCCCCUUGGCCGUAAGUACCAGCCCCUGCAGCAAGGGAAGGAGUGCCGUGUGUCCCCAUCAUGGCCUGAGGGGGUCUCUCAGUCUCCCACGGGGUAUAGUCAUUGGGCCAAAGAGAGAGAGAGUGUGACUUUAGCCAGUGCUAUAUUCGAGCCGGAACACGCCGAAACGCUCUCCUGGUGCUAUUCAGCAGCACUCAUAGAAUCACAGGGUGAGAAGGGAUCGCAAAGUCAGCUCGUCCAGCCCCCUGCAACAAUGCAGGACUUCUUGUUUCUAACCCACCCUGGACAGAUGGCUCCAGCCUCCUUCUGAAA